UUGUUGCUCCUGAGGAUGAGAGAGGCCAGCACAAAGGCCCUUUCCUUCCCUCUCCUCUCCCUGCCCCCUCCUCUCCCCUGCCCUCCUUCUGUCUCUCUCCCUCGCCUUCCUGUCUCUCCUUCCCCUGCCUGGCCUCAGCCUGGUCAGCACCACCUUGUGGCCCACUGCUUAGCUGUUGGCCUUGCUCCUGCCUCCCUUCGGGGCUGCCCAGUGCCUCGCCCAGUGGUGCUUGGCCAUCUCUUGCCCCUGGAGUCCAGAGGCUACCUCUCAUGGCGGUCCUUUCAGAGUGCAGCAGCUGCCCCGAGCCCCGUGCUUGGCAACAUUCCCCCCAACGAUGGGAUGCCCGGAGGCCCCAUCCCGCCAGGUUUCUUUCAGGGUCCUCCGGGGUCACAGCCCUCGCCGCACGCACAGCCUCCACCUCACAAUCCCAGCAGCAUGAUGGGACCCCACAGUCAGCCUUUUAUGUCACCGCGAUACGCAGGCGGCCCCAGGCCCCCGAUCAGAAUGGGAAACCAGCCACCUGGAGGAGUUCCUGGGACACAGCCAUUGCUGCCCAAUUCCAUGGAUCCCACACGACAACAAGGCCACCCCAACAUGGGAGGAUCAAUGCAGAGGAUGAACCCUCCCCGAGGCAUGGGGCCCAUGGGUCCUGGCCCACAGACUGACCCUUGGUUAUCGUUGCAGAAUUACGGCAGCGGCAUGAGACCACCACCCAACUCCCUCGGCCCCGCCAUGCCCGGGAUUAACAUGGGCCCGGGAGCUGGCAGACCCUGGCCCAAUCCCAACAGUGCUAACUCAAUUCCAUACUCCUCCUCGUCACCCGGCACCUACGUGGGACCCCCCGGUGGUGGCGGCCCUCCAGGAACACCUAUCAUGCCUAGUCCUGCAGAUUCAACAAAUUCCAGUGACAACAUCUACACAAUGAUUAAUCCAGUGCCGCCCGGAGGCAGCCGGUCCAACUUCCCGAUGGGUCCUGGCUCGGAUGGCCCAAUGGGAGGCAUGGGCGGCAUGGAGCCACACCACAUGAACGGAUCCUUAGGGUCAGGCGACAUAGAUGGACUUCCAAAAAAUUCUCCUAACAACAUAAGUGGCAUUAGCAAUCCUCCAGGCACCCCUCGGGAUGACAGCGAGCUAGGAGGGAACUUCCUUCACUCUUUCCAGAACGACAAUUAUUCUCCAAGCAUGACGAUGAGUGUGUGACCCCCUUCUCCAGGAAGCUGAGAGAGCCAGCCUUGCAGGCGGGAAGAUGGCAGAAAUUAUGCAAGAAGUGAGGUGUCAUUACCAGGAGCUAGGGGAGGGCGUCUCCCCACUCUCAACCCUCUCCUCCACGUCCCCACCUUUUCCAGUUUUAGUUUCAUGCAAUAAAAAGGCUGAACUUUUUAUUCCGUAAAACAUGAAGGACAAAACUCAAAAAUAUAUUUCAAGUCAAUGACCUGGAAAAUCCCACCCCCUACCCUUUCCCAAAAGGACCUUUUCUGUACAUGACACUUUUGUUGUUUUUUGUUUGAGGUUUUACCGUUGCUGGGAUUUUUUUUAAAUUUGUUUUCAGGGGGGAUUUUUUUGGGAAAAGUUUUUUAAAAUGGAAGCUUCUAGCAAGCCCCCGAAGUCAACUUCUUUGCUUUCUUUAAAAAAAAAAAAAAAAA